AUGUUGAAAAUGUCUUCACAGCUGGACAGCAUCAUUAGCGCUUACAAGACUCUGACGAAGAUACCGUCAGUGGCUGGUGGUAAGCUGAACAAUGCAGCCAACAGAGUCACCACCAAGUGGUCAGUGCGCAACCUGGACAAGGGUAUGAAUACUGCAUACACUACUUCAUACUCCUUGGAUGGAAACCUGAAUGUCAUCGCUCAAAGUGAUUUUGGAAUGGAUGUUAGCAAUGAGAAACUGUCAGCAGUGUCUCCGCGGGAGACGUUCAAGGCGUUGAUCCGUGAGGAGAAAAAUGGCAAGGACUCGAAGAAACAGUACCUUGAGCUGUGGAGUAAGAACACCCUGGCCCACAGCGUGGAUCUCACUAGUCUGGACAUACACGGAGAUGUGUAUGCUGACUCGGAAUUCGGCAGUCUGGACUGGUCUCCUGAUGAGACGUCACUGGUGUAUGUCGCGGAGAAGAAGCUGCCAAAAUUUGAGCCUUACAUCAAGAGGAAGGCUGAAGACAAACCGAAGCUGGAUGGCAGUGGAGAGACUGCUCCUAAGAAGGGUGAAGAGUAUAUCUACAGACAGGAUUGGGGCGAGCAGUUGGUGGGCAAGCACCUGUCCGUUGUGGUGGUGUUCCAGCUGGCCACAGAGACCUUUACCGUCCUCGGCGGCAUACCUGAAGGAAUGUGCCCUGGUCAGGUCCGUUUCUCCCCGGACGGGGGCAGCGUGGUGGGCGUGGUGUGGGAGACGGAGCCGCGCAGACUGGGACUCAUCUUCUGCACCAACCGGCCCAGCUACAUCUUCGAGUGCACUCUUGAUGGCUCCUUCAGGAAGUUGAGUGGGGAAGGUGUGGCGGUGAGGUCCCCGCGGUGGUCCCCGCGCGGGGACCUGGUGUGGCUGCAGCGUCGCGCGGCCGGGCCGCACCACGCCUGCCACCAGCUCGUACGCAGGAACAAACAGGAUGGCGCAGUAUCACCUGUAAUAGACAUAAUAGACACAGAAGUGAAGAUAGCAACCGGAGAGAGUUUCCACGGCGUGUACUGCCAAGCGCUGCCCGCCAGGUGCUUCACAUCGGACGGCAGGCUCGUGCUGUCCUCGCCACAGAAGAAUGAAGUUCGAUCUUAUAUCGUAGAUCUAGGGUCUGGCAAGAUAUCGGAUAUCUCCAACAAGAGCUGUCCUUGUUCCACGAGCGUGCUGGACGUGCGCGGUGACGUCAUCCUGGCCGCCUGCUCCAGUCUCACUACUCCGGGACAGGUGUAUAUAGCUCGGCUACCAUCGCCGGGCAGCGAGGCAGACAUCAAGUGGUCGCGCGUCACCUGCAACAGCGAGGCCCCGCCCGCGGUGUCGUCCGCCACGCUGCAGUACCUAGACCUGCAACACCAGGACUCACAGGAUACCGUCAAAUCAUUCACGGCGUUGUACUUGGCUCCUAAGACUGAGAAUAAGCAACUGCCUUUGAUCGUGUGGCCUCAUGGAGGACCUCAUUCCAAUUUUGUCAACGCAUUCUCCAUUGAGGCUGCUCUCUUCAGCAUGCUGGGUUUUGCAUCAGCCCGAAUAAACUACCGAGGCUCAACUGGUCAGGGAGACAAACACGUCCGUUCUCUCCUAACUCACGUAGGCGACUACGACGUACAAGAUUGCUGUCUCACUCUGAACACAUUGUUAGAAAGAGAUGGGAGACUGUGUGCGAAGAAUGUGUUUUUAUAUGGAGGUAGCUAUGGUGGGCUGGUGGUGGCUCACUUAGCUGGCCAGUAUCCUGAUAGGUUCAGAGCUAUGGUGAUGAGGAACCCCCUGAUAGACUUGGCCAGUAAAGGCCAUUAUGCUGAUAAUUCGGAUGGGUGUGCAGUAGAAGCAGGUUUCGAGUUCACGGAGAAGGGUCCGGUGUCUGAAGACCAGUUGCUGGCCAUGCGGCACUGCUCGCCCAUCGCCCACGUGCACAAGGUGAAGGCACCCACCGCUCUCAUGCUGGGCAGCGGGGACAAACGGGUGCCACACUUCCAGGGGCUGGAGUACGCUAGGAGAUUGAAAGCUAAUGGAGUUACUACCAGAAUCUACAUGUACGACGACAAUCAUUCGUUGUCGUCUCCAGCGGCUGAGAUGGACAACCUCAUCAACGGCACCCAUUGGUUCAUGGAACACCUCAACUUAUAG